CUGCCCGGGAACCGCGCCGGCUCGGCGAACGCGGGCGUCGGCGCCGCGUCCAGCCCCCUGGCCUUCCCAGGCCCGGCCGGCCCGGCGAGGACAUGAGCUUCUUCGGCUUCGGGCAGAGCGUGGAGGUGGACAUCCUGCUGAACGAUGCGGACAGCAGGAAGCGGGCCGAGCACAAGACGGAGGACGGGAAGAAGGACAAGUACUUCCUCUUCUACGACGGGGAGACGGUGUCCGGCAAGGUGAGCCUGGCGCUCAAGAACCCCAACAAGCGGCUGGAGCACCAGGGCAUCAAGGUCGAGUUCAUCGGGCAGAUCGAACUCUACUAUGACCGCGGGAACCACCACGAGUUUGUGUCCCUGGUGAAAGACUUGGCCCGGCCCGGGGAGAUCACCCAGUCCCAGGCCUUCGACUUUGAGUUCACGCACGUGGAGAAGCCCUAUGAGUCCUACACCGGGCAGAACGUCAAGCUGAGGUAUUUCCUCCGAGCCACCAUCAGCCGGCGCCUCAACGAUGUGGUCAAGGAGACAGACAUCGUGGUUCACACCCUGAGCACGUACCCGGAGCUGAACUCCUCCAUCAAGAUGGAGGUGGGGAUCGAGGACUGUCUGCACAUCGAGUUCGAGUACAAUAAGUCCAAAUACCACCUGAAAGACGUCAUCGUGGGGAAGAUCUACUUCCUGCUGGUGAGGAUCAAGAUCAAGCACAUGGAGAUCGACAUCAUCAAGCGGGAGACGACCGGCACGGGCCCCAACGUGUACCACGAGAACGACACCAUCGCCAAGUACGAGAUCAUGGACGGCGCCCCCGUGCGAGGAGAGUCCAUCCCGAUCCGGCUCUUCCUGGCAGGCUACGAGCUCACCCCGACCAUGCGGGACAUCAACAAGAAGUUCUCAGUGCGCUAUUACCUCAACCUGGUGCUGAUCGAUGAGGAGGAACGGCGCUACUUCAAGCAGCAGGAGGUGGUGUUGUGGCGGAAGGGCGACAUUGUUCGGAAGAGCAUGUCCCACCAGGCAGCCAUCGCCUCACAGCGCUUCGAGGGCACGACCUCCCUGGGGGAGGUGCGGACCCCCGGCCAGCUGUCGGACGGCAACAGCAGACAGUAGGCCCAGGGCUGCGAGCUGCUGGGCUUCCACCGAGCGCUGGUCUGCCAGACGCUGGUGCCCAGGGCAGGCCAGUGUGAUGCUCAGCUGACCCGUUACUCGCAACCUGAAAACAAAUUGUGUUUUUGACGUAAAUUCUUUUUUCUGAAGAACCCAAGGGGCUGGGAUUGGGAAGUGGUCCCUCUGGGCUCCUGUGCCGACGUUAGACUAGGGAGGGUAGCAUCUGGGGAGAGAGCCACUUGCAGGCCUUCCGUGUGGGGCUGCCUGACACCUUCUUGGGGUGCGGAGGGCAAGCCCCGUGGCCCCUGGCUCUCUGAGCUUCCGGGGACAGGUCAGAGCCCGUCCCAGGACUCAGAGCUGCCAGCAGGGCCCGGGUGGUCACGUCGUUGACUCCCCUCCUGUCCCUGAGGUCAUGGCAGCGGCGGCAGGCCUGCCCUGUCCUGAGUGGCAGCAGGGAGACUCCAGACCAGGAAGCUGCCUCCUCGGGAGUCUCAGGUGUAGUGCUCUGAGGUUUCCCCAAGCCCCCCUUUCUGGGACCCAGCACCUCGCUCCUCCAUCUUCUGUAGACUCUUGUCAGUACUGUCCUGGACAGAGUCUGUGAAGGGCCUGUGGCUGAUUGUCUCUGGGCACAGGGACACCUGGGGCUGGUGUCGGGUGUGGAUGGCAGUAGGGUGGGACUCGGGUGGGGAAGUGAGGUGCUGUGCGUGGCGGAGGGCAGCCCUGAGCGGGGAGGUUUUCAGUGCUGCUUGAGGCCCCAGCCAGGUGCCUGUUUCCCUGGAGAAGGUCCCAGGAAGGGCCUGCCCCCUCUGCCUCCCGGGUGGGCCCGCAUCCCCUUGCUCUCCAUUUCGUGUCUGGGAACUGGGGCUGGGUUUCAGGCUCUUGCCCGCGCCUUCCCUACAGGCCAUGUGGGGGGGGCUCAGCAGACCUGCCACAGCGUCACAGUGACUCUGCCUGCCGGCUCCACCAGAUGACUGACCAGAGUUGGGGACCACUGAGGUUUUCUUUAAAGGCACAAACACAGAAACCCCCUGCAUGGACAUUCUGGCCGGGCUAGAGCAGGGGAAGGCCCCCUGCCGCACUGGGCCCAGGCCUGUUGUGUUAACGCGGACAUCCUUCCUGCCUCACUGAGACCAGGAACUGCUCUCCCUUCUAGAAAGACCAAACCGACCCCGGUGGCCUGCAAGUGCACUGUCUGGCGGUCUGAGGUCUGUCAUUUGGGAAGCACAGAGGUUGGUUCCUGUGUGUCCUCUCAGUUAGUGUGGGACAUGGGGACCCCUCUUUUCCUCAGAAAUCAGUGCAGUCACGGACCCUGACUGGGCAGGGCUGGUGGAUCAGACCUGACUGGAGGGAAUGCCUACGGGUGGCACCUGAGGGGGACUGGGGCAGCACAGCCCUGUAGGAAAGGAACAGGACCCCCCAGCAGCACACAAUCAGGGUCGGGCCCCAAGUGUGUGAAGAAGGCAGGGCUGUGUCCCCGCCGGGUCAGAGACUCAGCUCUCCCAUGCCCCCAUGCUGGCUGGUGUCCCAUGGAGCCUCUGCCUCCCAGCUGACAGCAGAGUCCCUCCCCAGCUCCCCCACAUCUCAGACCCGUCGUCUGUUGUCCUGAGGGAACAGAAGACCGGAUUUGCUCUGACUCUGGAGCUGUGCAGAGGCCAGGCCUUCUGCUCUCCCCGUGCCCCCAUUCUCUGCCCCUCUGUCCAUCCAGGGAGCAUGGGGAGAUCCCUGCCCCUCCUUCCAAGGUCCCCUUCCCUGGGGGAUUUUCACAAGUGUCUCGACGUGUCGUCUUUCCAGUGGCUGUGUUUUCAACCAAGAACUCUUGUUUCAGCUGUCUAAUUAAAGCAGGCCCUGGGCUCGGAGGCACGUGCCCUUGGUCCCCCAGG